GUUUUCUCCUUCUCUUUCUUUCUCUUCUAAAAGUCUUGACCAUGGUAACAAAUGACAACCUGGUUGCUACCACCACAGCCAACGCUGCUUUGGAAAAACAUGCAAAAUUUUGGGAUCCUAAAAACAAAGGAUAUAUUACUCCAGUAGACGCGAUGUUUGGUUUUAUUCAUCUUGGUUAUGGCGUUCUUUUUAGUGUGACUGUAGGCACUUUUCUUAGUGCUAUCUUUUCCUAUGCUACUCAAGACUCAUGGAUGCCUGAUCCUCUUCUUCGAACGCGAACGAACAAGUUUCAAAAGGAUACAUAUAGUGCUCCCUACAAUGAAGAUGGACAAUUGGAUUUGGAUGCUUUUGAUCAACUUUUUUCCAAAUAUGCUAAAUCUGAUAUUAGUGGUAAAACAAUCACGUUGAAGGAACUAUUGGAAUGGAACGAUGCAAGCCUACGAGACCCUUGGGCAUGGUCUACAAACACUAUCCAAUGGUUGGCGACUUAUCUUCUUGUAGGACAACAUGGUAUUGUGAAAAGGGAAGAUAUCCAAGCAGCUUAUGAUGGUACUUUAUUUUAUCGAUUACGUGAACAAAACAAACUUCAUCGUAGUAUCCAAGGAGGAAAUCACACAUUCUCUUCAUCAUCCAAUUUAAAUGUAUCUGGUGUCAUGGUGCCCAAAAGCUAUAUUCGUCAAUUGGAAUCUCAAUUGAACAAUAUGGUCAACGUUCUACCUCGCUCAACAGUUUUCACGUUAGAAACAAGAUUACGUAACUGGUUAUCUUAUGUACAACAACAGAAAAAGGUUCAUCAACCCAUAUUGAAAGGUGUCGCCACUCCAGCUACUCCUCGUCGUCAUCCACUUUUUACUUCUUCUGUUACCAACCUUCAUGAUUUAUCUAUGGAUGAAGUCAAUGAUCACCAAGAAAUGAAAUCAUCUGUUUCUUCUUCUUCUUUAUUUGAAGGUGGACUAACUGGUGUUAUGGCUAUCAACUUAUUGGAUCGACCCAUGUCAUUAACUGGUGUACAAGGAUAUCAUAACGAUGAUAAUGAUGAUCGCUCUCUUGGUGAUAAUCUCUAUGACCCAACCUCGACUUCUGAUGUAUACAAUGAAAAGGAGGAUAUUGGUAUCUCUGGUGUUGUCAAGGAAUCACCCAAUCAUGACACUACGGAGGAAUAUGACAUUACAGGUGUACGACCAGAAGGGGAAGAUUAUUAUCGAGAUACACCUCGUAAGGAUUGGCUUGGUUCGGAACAAUUGACAGGCGUGUCACCAUCACCAUCAACAUCGUACAGUUUCAACGAUCAAUUGAACAACCUCCUCCAACAACAAAGCAAGGUGGAAGAAGAUGAUCAAGUUGUGAAAGCUGAUGAUCAAGUUAUGACAGGUGUUCAACCAUCGGACGAUCGUCCCAAGGAAAGUAAGAAAUCCAAGAAAAAGAAAAAGGCUGCUGAAAAGGAAAACACAAAACCUCUUCCAACACCGUCCACAGAAGAAGAACAAACCGUACAACAAGCUGAACAGGAUGAUACUCGUCGUCGAUCUUCCGCCACUCCUCCUUUUACGACUAAUGCUAAUCAUGAUGAGGAAGAAGAAGAGGAAGAAGAUAUACCGGUGUCUCCAACUGAUAAUAGUAACAACAACAAUGAAGAAUCUAUCAAAGGUGCUUAUUCUCGUCCUUCCUUUCCACCUCUACCUGAAGUUGUCCCUAGUGAAGAUUAAUGAAUCAUUUUGUUUUUAUCUCAAUAUAGUAGUUUAGUCCCUUGAUUUUAUUAUAUUUUAUUAUUAUUAUCCCAUGAUUGUUAUCUAUUUCAAUAAAAGAGAAAAUUAAAAAAAAUCAUGAAAGAAUCAAAUGAUUCACAUCCAUCAUUCGGAAAAACAUGAUAAAAACAUAAAUGUUUUGAACUUU